AUGAGCAGCGCGCAGCCCACGGUCCAUCUGCCCAGCCGCACUGAGCUGUCGGCCUGUCCCGCUCCCACUCUGUCCCAGGUGUUGGGAGUCCAUCAAAAGGAGGUGAUUCUUCGCUUCGGGCUCGUUCCGGUCACACGAGUGGGAGGUUAUGAUGCUGUCAUAUAUGAAAAAAAAAAGGGAAUUCCUGUAUCGGAUCAAGCUGAUGAGGUGCUGUCAAAGCUCACGGGGAGGGCGCGGGAUGUAGUCAGAGUGGGCAUACGUAGUAACGCCAGGAAGUUGCUGCUCCUGUCCAGAGUUCUGCUAAUGCAAAGCCACCACAAGCUGCUGUUGUGGCUCCGCCUUCUGCGCUGCUGGCAGAGGGUUCACCUGACCGUCUGGACAGAGUACUUGCCCUCCUCGAACGUGUACUUUCUCAUCAGUCACAGUAGCCUAAAUAUGUCACAGGAGAGGAGCAUGUUGUCCGCUCAGGAACAGCGUGUGAUGCAGCUUGAAGAAUGGGAAGAACGAUGGCAACAAGAAAAGAUCGGCUUCCACCAACUGGCGGUCCACAAGAUGCUAGAAAACAACAUUGACAAAGUCGUCGCUGGAAGAACUAGAGUGAAGUUUUUUUUUCCUCUUUGUGGAAAAGCUGUAGAUAUGAAAUGGCUCUCGGACUCGGGUCACUCUGUGGUCGGAGUGGAGCAGUCGGAAAAAGGAAUUCGACAGUUUUUUGAGGAGAGUAACAUGAGCUUCAGCGAGGAGCCGGUGCCCAACGUCCCAGGAGCCAAAGUGUUCAGGAACUCAGAGAAAAGCGUCUCACUUUAUAACUGUGAUAUCUACAAAUUCUCCAGUUCCCUCGAAGGUCAGUUCGGAGCCAUCUGGGACCGAGGAGCGUUCGUGGCCAUCAACCCCAAAGACAGAGAGAAAUACGCCGCUCUGAUGGUGUCGCUGAUGGCUCCUGACUGCAGAUACCUCCUGGACACUCUGCUCUACAAUCCACAACUCUAUCAAGGUCCUCCAUUUUUUGUCCCCGAUGAGCAGCUCUUGGCUCUGUUCGGGCCCAGCUGUGACAUCGAGCUGGUGCAGGAGGCUGAUGCUUUGAACGAACGAGCAAAAAACUGGGGCCUGGACUCCCUCACGGAGAAAGUGCACAUGUUGCUGCGCUGCCAGGGAUUUCCCUUUGACCCGCCUCUCUCUCUCUGGUGUCUCAUGUCUGUGGCGUGUACAGUUGUAGAAACAGAGCAGGGAGUGGCCACAGACACAAACUCCUGUGUCAUCGUGACUGCACUUCCUCCUGUUAGACAGAGAGAGAGAGACACAGUUCAGAAGUUGAAGAAGGUGAAGCAGCAGCAGAGUGUUUUCAUCCGGCUCCAGGGGAUUCCUACAGCUCCGAGUGUGAUGUUGGCCGCUCAGCAGAACAAGGUCAUGGCUCUGACAGACUGGGACAGGAUGUGGCAGCGAGGACGGCCCGGCUUCCACCAGACCACAGUCAACAGGCUGCUCGAGAUCAACAUUGACAAAGUCGUCGCAGGUCGAACUGGAGUCAGGUUUUUCUUCCCUCUUUGUGGAAAAGCUGUGGAUAUGAAAUGGCUGGCAGACGCGGGUCACUCUGUGGUGGGAGUGGAGUUUGCAGAAAAAGCCUGUCGACAGUUUUUUGAGGAAAACCACAUGAGCUUCACCGAGGACUCUGUGCCGACCAUCCCAGGAGCAAAGGUUUUCAGGAACACGGAGAAGACAGUCACGCUCUAUCAGUGCAACAUCUACAGCUUCAACAGUUCUCUGGAGGGUCAGUUUGGAGCCAUCUGGGACAGAGGCGCUCUCGUUGCCAUCAACCCAAAAGACAGAGAAAAAUAUGCUGCUCUGCUGACCUCUCUGAUGGCUCCAGACUGCAGAUUCCUCCUGGACACUCUGAUCUACAAUCCUGAGAAAUAUUCCGGUCCUCCGUUCUUUGUCCCUGAUGAACAAGUGCACAGUCUGUUUGGCUCCGUGUGUGACAUCCAGGAGCUGCAGAAAGAGGACGCUUUAACAGAGGACUUUAAAAGCUGGGGCAUGGAUUACCUCAUGGAGAAAAUACAUCUCUUAGUGUGCAAUAAAAGCUAA